AUGGAUAUGGUUUUUAUGGAGGUUUGUUUAUGGACGUUACUUGGCUUCGUGCUCACUUGGACAAUAUUCCACGUAUCCAACAAGAGAAAGAAGGGGGCGGAGUUAGCAGAUGCGGUGGCGGAGGAGAGACGAGACGGUGGUGCUGACGUCAUCAUCGUCGGAGCUGGUGUGGGCGGUUCAGCUCUCGCAUAUGCUCUUGCUAAGGACGGACGUCGAGUACAUGUGAUAGAGAGAGACAUGAGAGAGCCAGAAAGAAUGAUGGGCGAGCUUAUGCAGCCUGGAGGACGGUUCUUGCUUUCUAAGCUUGGUCUUCAAGAUUGUUUGGAAGGAAUAGAUGAACAGAUAGUCACCGGCUUAGCACUUUACAAGGACGGAAAAGAAGCAGUCGCGUCUUUUCCGGUGGAGGACAACAACUUUCCUUAUGAACCAUCGGCUCGAACUUUUCACAAUGGCCGUUUUGUCCAGCGACUGCGCCAAAAGGCCUCUUCUCUUCCCAAUGUACGGUUGGAAGAAGGAACGGUAAAAUCUUUGAUUGAAGAAAAAGGGGUGAUCAAAGGCGUUACAUACAAGACCAAAGCAGGCCAAGAAACAACGGCCUUUGCACCUCUCACUGUGGUAUGCGACGGUUCCUACUCGAACCUUCGUCGGUCUCUUAACGACAACACUGCGGAGGUUACAUCGUACUCUGUUGGUUACAUCUCAAAGGAUUGUCGCCUUGAGGAACCCGAAAAAUUGCACAUAAUAAUGUCCAAACCCUCCUUCACCAUGUUGUAUCAAAUCAGCAGCACCGAAGUUCGUUGUGGUUUUGAAAUUUUCGCCAAUAAGAUUCCUUCUAUUUCAAAUGGUGAAAUGCACACCUUCGUCAAGAAGACUAUAGCUCCUCAGGUACCCCCAAAACUCCAGAAAAUAUUUCUAAAAGGGAUCGAUGAAGGAGCACACAUAAAAGUGACAGCAGCAAAGAGAAUGGAAGCUGCAUUGAGCGAGAAGAAAGGAGUGAUUAUGUUGGGAGAUGCAUUCAAUAUGCGCCAUCCAGCAAUCGCUUCUGGAAUGAUGGUUUUAAUGUCUGACAUUCUCAUCUUACGCGGUCUUCUCCAACCAUUGAGAAAUCUCGGUGAUGCAAACAAAAUCUCAGAAGUUAUCAAGUCUUUUUAUGUUAUCCGCAAGCCAAUGUCUGCGACCGUGAACACACUAGGGAAUGCAUUUUCUCAAGCGUUAAUUGCAUCAACAGACGAAGCAAAAGAGGCAAUGCGACAGGGAUGCUACGAUUACCUCAGUGGUGGAGGGUUUGGCGCAUCAGGCUUGAUGGCUGUCUUAGGCGGCAUGAAUCCUCGUCCGAUCUCUCUCAUCUAUCAUCUAUGUGUUAUUACUCUAUCCUCCAUUGGUCAACUGCUCUCUCCAUUUCCAUCUCCUCUUCGCGUUUGGCAUAGCCUUAGACUUUUUGGUUUGUCUUUUAAAAUGUUGGUUCCUCAUCUCAAGGCUGAAGGGGUUAGCCAAAUGUUGUCUGGGGCAAAUGCAGCCGCUUAUCGCAAAAGUUAUAUGGCCGCAACAGUUGUCUAA